GCAGCUCUUAGUGUUAUGGUGGAUUCUAGCAGUGGAGUGCAUGGAUUCAGCGCUAUGCACGACACAUUGUCGUUACGCCUCUAUGAAUCAUUUAAAUACCUACUCGAAAAACUGUUCCAGGGUACGACAUGGCGUUACCAGCGGAGCUUUGCAGUAAACAAGAAAAUAAUAAAUAAAAUAAAAAUAGAAGUUCCUAUACGAUACGCUAAAUCCUAUUUUAGUUCUAGAACUACACAUACACAAGGGGAGAGUGGGGUACAGUGGAUCAAGGGUAACAGUGAAUCACAUCAUUAGUAGAAUGAAACGUAGUUAUUUAGUACGAUUUUUAAAACAUACACGCCUAAAAGUUUUGUUUGUAGUUAAGUAGUGGUAGUGGUUUUAUCAUUACCUACUUGAAAUGACAGAAGAAACAACGGAGAUAAAGAAAACUACUGAAGCUGAACACAGGAUCAAAUCUGGAGGCAGUUAAAAAGGGCCACGGUGCGCAUGAAAUUUUUAUUUGUGGUGUUAGCUGUUGCCCAGCGACCGCUCCAAACGAAGGCUAUAUUUUGAAGCACCGCCAGUCCACGUGAGGUCGCUGGGCGCAGAUCGCGCGCCACAAUUACCCUGUCAAAUUGUUUGAUGCAUUCCAAUUUAAUUCGUUACGUGUCAACGUAAUUCGUUAGUUUUGAAAGAUGAUUGAUGAUGUCUUAAUAAAAUAUUUUGAAUGGAUCAUUAAGUGUGUGUAAACUGUUGGUAGGCGAGUGCGAGUGUAGUGCAGUGGCUGGGAGUGACCAGGAGUGGAACAACAGGUGAUGCCAUGACUCAGACCAACGUGACGACGCCGGAUAGCCGCGGCGGGGUGCCCACCGCCACUGAGGAGAAGCUGAUGGUGGCGGUACGCGUGCGACCGCUGCGCCCAGAUGAAGGUCCCCGCAUCGUUCACGUGGUCAGCGAUAAGAUGUUGGUGUUGGAAGAGGAGUCGGACAGCCGGCGAGAUGUCCUCCGCCAACGGCGAGUCAACGACAAGCAUUACGUCUACGACAGGGUUUUCAGUGAAGACAGCACACAAGAGGAAGUGUACGAGGCAGUAUGCGCGCCACUAGUAGGCGGCGCGUUGCAAGGGUUCGCGGGUGCAGUGUUCGCGUACGGCGCGACCGGCGCGGGCAAGACGCACACCAUGACGGGGCUCAUGUCGCGCGCGCUCGCGCACCUCUUCAGCAGCAUCGCAGAGAGCGAUCAGCCCUCGUCCUAUGAGGUAAAGAUGUCAUACAUCGAGAUCUACAACGAGAAUAUUCGUGACCUGCUAAACCCCGGGGCGGGGCCGCUCGAGCUGCGCGACGAGGGCGGCAGCGGCGCGCCCGUGGUAGCGGGGCUGAGCGAAGUGCGCGCCACUAGCGCCGGCCAUGUUGCCGAGUUGCUAGCGCGGGGCGACCGUGCACGUACCGCCGAGGCAACGCACGCUAAUGAACAUUCUUCCCGAGGACACGCGCUUCUUAGUGUUACAGUCAGUAGUGCCGUGUCUGGCGGCGUGCAGCGCGGCCGCCUCUUCCUGAUCGACCUGGCGGGCUCUGAGCGCGCUGGGUUGCGAGCGCGGCGUCUUGAGGGCGCGCAUAUCAACCGGUCGCUGCUGGCACUUGGAAACUGCAUCAUGGCGCUGUCGGGUGGAGCUAGAUACGUGAACUACCGUGACUCGAAGCUGACACGGCUGUUACGCGAGGUGCUAGGCGGGCGUUGCCGCACCGCAAUGGUGGCGCAUGUGGCCCCCGGCGGCGCGCACCGCGAGACCACGCGCUCAACACUACAUUACGCGCAGCGCGCCUCCUCCAUCACCAACAGGGUGGAAAGAGAGUUGGUUGCGAUGCCGAUGCACCUGUCCCAGUACCGGUCCGUCAUUAACGACCUGCGCGAUGAGAUCGCCAGGCUGAAGCUCAAGAUGAAAGAUGACCGCUCAAGCAUAAGAACAAUAGAAGAACAGCAGCAGAUCGCAGCAGAAGUGUCCCAGCAGGAGACUGAAGAAAGCGCUGCCCACUUGAAGUCCCUCCGCGAAGCCAUCGUCUCCACGUUCAAGCAGCAGAUGCGGCUGCGGCGGCGGCUCAUGGAGCUGGACAGCCAUCUUCUGGGGUUAGCGUUGGAUGCGGAGAGACAGCAUGCCGCGAUAUCGCAUUGGGAGGCGCGGUUCAACCGCCUUUACAAGCCCAUCAACAUGCCCAGCUCAAGGCUCAGCACACAUCAGAGUUACAGAGGCGGCACGGGCUCGAGUACGAGCAGUACAGUGGGCAACGAGCGCGCGGAGGCCGAGGUUGCCGUGGAGCAGGCGUGGGCGGAGCUGGCGGCCGUGGAGCGCGAGCAGGAGACGGCGCGCAGCGAGCGCGCGCGCGUCGAGCGCCAGCUGGAGCAGGUGCGGCUGCGUGGCGCGCAGCUCGAGCAGGAGCUGCCUGCUCGCAUCAGCAGCGGUCCGGAGCGCGAAGUCCUAGCCCUUGUGUGCCGCGUGCACGAACUGGAAGCCGACAAACUAGCGCUACAGGGCGAGCGCGCCGCCCGUGCCCACGAACUGAGGAGGAGAGACCUAGCGUUGCAGAGGAGAGACGCGCAGCGGAGACUGUCCGACGAGAUCAUCACUCGCCAGCGACGAACUCUUGAAGAGAUGGGUAUAGCGGUCCCACCAGAAUUGGGACAAUUGUACGAGCUGUACCAGCAAGAAAUCCACGCCUCCACCUACACGGAGAGCAAUGAUGUCUAUGCGCAGCACCGGUUGCCGCCUAUCUCUACUAGCAUGUCAGAGCUGACGUGGUCGGAGAGCUCCUCGGGUUCAAGUUCGGGCUCGGGCGGCCCGCUGGCGCUCGAUCACCGCCUGCCGCGCCUCGUGCCCACGCCGCGCCCCAGGACCAGGUACAGUCAAGCGAGCGCGGUGACCAUGAAGCGGUAUUCCAGCGACGACAGCCUCGUGAUGGUGGCUCCCCGCGCCGCGGACCCCGCGCCCUGACUCUUCGACUAACUUCUGCGGAUUUCAACCAGUUUUCGAGUCCCGAGAAACCAUACAUGUUGGUAUGUUAAACAAGUCGAUUGUAUUGAUUCAAAUACUGUAUGUAAUGUAUUGUAUGAUUGUAUUGAUUGUAUUCAAAUGUAUCGAUAUCAAUGAAAUCAUCAGGCUCCAACAAAAAUUCUAGGUGAUAUCUGAAAUGCUCGUAAUUUUUUGAGAUAUGUAUGAAUUGAGCAUGAAUAUUUUUAUUUAUUGGGCUAGAUAUCGAACGCUGCGCCCAUCUCAAUAAGGGUUUUCUGACGAGGUUUCUGGCAUUAGAAUGGGCAGUUGAAAUUAGUUGUCCGGUUAUGAACCGAUAAAGAUAAUUUAAGCUGGGAGGUAGAUAAGGGUUAAAAUAACUGUAAAAUCUGAAGUUUAAAGUUUGUACAUCUCCAUCUGCAUCGGUUUAUUUACGUAGUAUAAUAUACGUUGUGCGAGCAAAACCGCUGGCUCUUUCGCAAUUUCGUUCUUCGAAUUUCGCAGUAGUACCCUAGAUUUUCUCGAUGUUUAGACCGAAUUGUAAUUGACGUCCUGGGGGCCUACCGCGAAACCCGAAAUUCGCAAAUUGUGGGGAUCUUUCUGUUUUACUCUCACUAAGGCCUAAUUAGAGUAACAGAGAAAAAUGCCCUCAAUUGACGAACUUUGAUUUUCGCGGUUAUAGCCCAGGUGUAUCGUGAAUAUGAACGCUAGAUUUGUAAACUUUAGUUAAUGUUCAGUACGGAUAAGAUGAUCGAACUUGUCUGCGUGCCAGCGUGAUAGUGACAAGUGUUUGUUUCUUUCAAUCACAUGGGGUUAAAAAGUCACGUUUAUUUUAUCACGUGGACAACGUCAUUUAUCAUACGCCUGCCGGUCGUAUUAUACUAUUAAUUUAAAAUUAUAUACAUAUUUGGUUACUACUUAACUUUGCCAACAGCACUACUUGUUGGCAAAUAUUUAAUUGCGUCAGCUUAAAUGUGUCACAUAGUUAAAUAUUUUAUUAUCUUAAUCUGUAUUCAUUUCGUAGGAGUUAAUUUCUAUUUGUAUAUGAGGCUAAUAAUGAUGUGACUCACUGUCUUCGUAAAAACAUUUACUUACUUAAAGCCCUUGUAACAAGUAUACAGUGAGACUUGAAUUCGAGAGACACCCACGGGCAGUAUCUGGGCUAUAACCGCGAAAAUAGAAGCUCGUCAAUUGCGAGCAAUUUUCUCUUCACUCUAAUUAAGUCUUAGUUCUCGAGAGUAAAGGAGAAAGAUCCCGCAAUUUGCGAAUUUUGGUUUUCACGGUGCCCCCCUGGUUCGAAUUUACUAAUGAAAAAGUAAAGAAAAUAAAUAGAGCGACGAAGUGCUCUAAAGGCUUUUUGAUCUAGUUUGUUUGUCAAUUGAAAUCUACUUUAUUGUAUACUUGGAAUAGAGGUGCCGGCCAUGCAAGCUCUUAGUAAUAGAUUUACGUUUAUACCUAACCCUCUCAUUUUCGAGAAAUGGGCUGCGGGGACUCCGCGAGAAUCCCUGUCACACUUCUAAAGCUGUCAUACCCCAGUUAGGCUAUUUUAAACGACUAAAAAAUAUUUUGUACUUACUUCAUCCGUGCCACUUGGUUUUCCUCGUUACAUGUAAUCGAGGAAUUGUAAAAGUUUAUUAACUUGUACCAAAGACAACUUGAAAUAGAGGUGGAUUGACAAAGAAAACUUUGUAGUCACAGUAAAUUUACUGCCAUCUUUCGACACAUGAAUAAAACUUUUAGAACGCCUUUUGACUCUUAAUUUACUGUGGCUACAAAGUUUUCGUUGACAAUCCACGUCUAUUAAAAAAAUAUAUUUUGCUUGUACCUAGAUAUACGUAUGAAUACCUAUAUGUUUAAUACUUAGCUAAAGCCCCUCUUUUAUGUAUGUGUGAGUUGUUCGGGUAAACGUUACAAAUUUGUAAUAUAACAUAUUUGCAGAAUUAUUAUUUAUUUUACUAAUUGGCAGUUGAAUUUAAAAUCUAUAGUGAAGGAAGUAUGGUUGAAUUUCUUUUGUUUUGAGUUCGAACGAAAUAAAAUACAUGCGGUUCUAUUCAAAUUAGAAAUGGUUUAAAAUACAUUGAUGUAAUGUACUAAUACAUAGAUUUAUUGUAAAAUAAAAAAUAAUUAAAGUUACUUACAAUUAAGAGAAUCCAUAACCAUCAUCUAAAUCCACUGCGCAGGCUUCGUCAAAAGCAUAGGUACUAAACAUAAUCCGCAACAAACUUCGUCCAAUCUACAUAAGUGAUAAUCCGCCACAGGCUUCAUCGUAAAUGUAGGUACAAAAUAAAAUCCGCAACAAGAUUUGUCCAAAAACCUAACACUACCUAUGCCUCCCUGUUAAUCCCCGAGACGACUCGUACCCAGCGCAAAAGUUCCAAAAAUAUUGGCCGCAUUACCGCGCUGUACUGCCAGCGAUAUUUGCUGGAUUAGGUAUGAGCCAGAACGGGGACCCAAACCUCGCUCUCUUAACCGCAGCCCCGGAUUUUUAAUAAAGGUUUAAUGUACUAAUUACAUCAAUGUAUAGGUAGAACCGUGAACCUGAGGAGGUGAAUGUGUUUUUUGUAAACUGUACACAGCAACAUUCAAAGGGGGCUUUAUGUAAAGAGCUUACCUCUAUCUUCCUUCCAUGCAUUACACAUAUAAGCUGUAGGCAUUUAAGUUACAAAGUUGUUCCUAUUUAUUUGUUGUGUACGUUACGUAGGUAUAGUAGGCGAAAAAUAAAGUGAGCCGAUGAAUGAUAUCGCUUUAUAAUAGGACAAUAAAACAAUUAACUCCCGGUAUUGCUUACGUUCCUACUUGGACUAAACAAUCUUGAUCCCACUUUUAUAAAUUGAAUUUAUAUGUUUUACAAGCAUUCCAAUUUCAACAUUUGAAGUCCUUUGCUUAAAAAAAUAAAAUAUGCAAAGAAACGUUAAUUUCAAAGUAAAGCCAAUUUGUAUUGAAAACAAGUUUCAUUUACCUAAUAACGUCUCAAUAUUAUCCCAGAAACACAAAGUAUCAUAACUAGUUGUUCCCGCUAUAUGGACGAGACGUGCGGCAAACCACUUCUCACCACUUUUAUUCGUAAGAUAAAGUUUUAUAACCAAUCGGCUCAAUUUAUAUUUCGGCUAUACGUUUUGCUAGGUUUAUUUUAAUAAAUGUUGUUUAAAUGUA